CAGUUUGUCUGUCUGUGUGUUCAGAUCCACACUAGGGAGUGCACACACUAUAAAGCGUCUAUAUCACACUUAAUCACACAUUAUCGGUCAUGGCACGAGUGCUGAGGAGCAGUUUAAGAGGAUAUUUCACCUCACAGAUCCGGAUGGGAUCCGAUCAGUUGGGUGAGUUGGGUAAGGGUGCUGGUAAAGGAGGAGGUGCAGGCGGGUCAGUGAGGGAGGCUGGAGGAGCGUUUGGUAAGAAGGAGGCAGCAGAAGAAGAGAGAUACUUCAGGCAGAAGGAGAAAGAGCAGCUGGCAGCACUGAAGAAACAUCAUGAAGAAGAAAUCGACCAUCAUAAGAAAGAAGUCGAGCGUCUGCGGAGAGAGAUCGACAGACAUGAGGGCAAGAUCAGGAAACUUAAACAUGAUGACUGAAGACCAACAUCAUCAUAUUCCAUACUUCUGUUGGAUGUGUCUUGUGCCUGAGAAAUAUACUCUCUGAUUAGAAGCUUUAUGAAUAAAUAUUUGCAAAAA